GGCGGCCUCCACGUCCAGUUCCACGAAAUAUAAGCGGGGAGAUAAGCCAGCCAAUAUCGCAGAAACGAUGUCUAGUCGAGAAGGAAAAAAGACGCUACCAAAACCGCUUGGUCUCCGCGGCUUUCUGGUCGUCAUUGUUCUGUUUUUCUGCAAAAAGGUUCUCUUCGUGAAACCGGAAAUAAAAGUAUGUGUCUACUUGGUCGUCUGCCUGCUCGGCUCUGUUAUCGGUGACAUAUUCGUCGUACCACGGACGUACUUCUCGCGCAAGGAUAACGUCUUCAAUGUUUACUUCGUCAAGCUCUGCUGGGGCUGGACCGGUGCACUGCUCGCUGCUUUCAUCGCCAUGACCAGCUACGUGUACACCUGCGGAAACCGACAGCUUGUCUUUCUGCACCUGUCGCGCCUCGUCGUCGCCACCGUCGUCUGGUACGUCUGCACCUCGAGCUUCGUCACGAUAAACACGCUGACGGGCUUCUGCAUAACCGCGAGCGUCGCCGUGGAUACGGCGGACGCGUGCCGCACGGCGGGCCACGCUUGGCUGGGUUUCGACAUUUCGGGUCACGUGUUCAUGAUGGCGUACUGCGCGCUGCUGCUAGCCGAAGAGUCGCGCGCGUUCGCGCACUGGGACCGCGUCGGCACGAUGCUGCUGCGCGGCGACAACGACGUCGACGAACGGUUGGGCCACCUGACGGGCAGCGAGCUCGCGCGGCUUCGCGAGGCGCACCCACGCCUCACUCCCUACAUCAAGGCGAGCUUCCUCACGAUGGCACUGCUCUGCCUUCUCUGGGACACAAUGCUGCUCGCCACCACGCUUUAUUUCCACUCCGUCGCGCAAAAGAUGGCCGCCCUCGCUGCGGCGAUAAUCUGCUGGUUCGUCACCUACCGGCUGUGGUACAAGAUCGACGUUUCACCCGGGUUACCCGGCCAGGGGGCGUUCCGCUACGUGCCGGAUCAAAGUUUACCGAGCCGCCGCCAGAGGCUGUGACUUCACUAUAGCAGCCAUAAAAAAAAGACGAAGUGGAGCCGUCAUUGGGGAGUGCACCUCGGUUGCUAACUCUAGUGUCUGUGGGGGUGGCCACGCCUCCAUACAUGUACUUUUCCAUCAGUGUGUCUUCUAUAUAUAUGUGCGUACAACAUACCCGUAUGUGUAUGUACGUGUAUGUACCUUCAGAUGUCCCAAGGAUAAAGAAUUGCACACGUGCGCUAUACAUACUGUACUAUAUAUAGGCAUUGCUUACGAUAAAGAGAAUGACAGUCUGCUAUUGGGUACUUGGCUGUAGAUGCAGAGUCAUGUUACAUUAGUAAUGAGUUCUGAGAAAAGUGUAAUUCUCGUUUGCAUGACUGUGGUGGACUGCGGUGGAUUGUUUUGAUAGUUUGAUAGUUGGAAAGUUUGAUAGUUUGAAAUAAACUAGUUUUGAUAUCUGCA